AUGUUUCCAACUAUUCUGGUGUAUAUUUCUAUUUUAUUAAUAUUUGUUUCAACUGCAAAUACUCAACAGCUUCAAUGGAUUUUACUCAGUGAUGGUACAAGUACAGAUACACCACAGGCACGGCGUGAUGCUGCACUCGGCUUUGAUCAAACUUUUCUUCUUCUAUACGGUGGUCGAACUCAAACAGGAAUACCUCUUCAAGAUUCUUAUUCAUUCAACAUUCUAACUGGCCAAUGGGAUGCACUUAAUUUUCCAAGCCCACCACCGAGUCGUUAUGGUAUGGCAGCAGCCAGUUCAAUGAAUGGUGGUUUAUAUAUAUUUGGUGGUUUUGGUAUACAAGGCACAAGUCCAAAUUAUAAUCCGUAUCUAUCUUAUGCAUCGGGUCAACAAGUAGUAAAUUAUAAUUUUGAAACACCACCAAAUUUUAUACAAAAUCCAAUACUUAUGAACAAUCCAGAUUUUAUCAACAAUCCAAAUUAUAAUCCAAUGAGUGGAACUGGUUAUAAUAAUGGGGACAGGUAUAACGAUGAUGAUGAUCGUGCUGAUUCAAAUUAUUAUCCAUUUCAAGAUGCUUGGUUUCUUAGUUAUUCUACAAAAAUUUGGCAAGAAACACAAUCAUCACAAUAUGCUCGUGGUUUUGGUUCAGCAGCUGCUGCGCCAUUUACUGGUGAUAUGCCUAGAGUUUUAUAUACGAUGGGUAAAUCACGUGAUCUCAUGUAUUCAUAUGUUGAAUCCAUUGGACGAGGUUCAUCUGGUCUUAGCCAAGCGGGUACCACACAAGCAGCACUGAUUAUGAAUGAUUUACCAUCGAUUAGUCCAGCUUAUCCGCAUGCUCGUUAUGGACAUUCGACAGCCUUACUUACUGAUAAUUACCUAUUGCUUUAUGGUGGAUGUUUAAGUGGUUAUGGAAAAGGCGGUCCAUGCCCAUCGAAAGAUACUUGGCUAUUACAAAUUGAUCGUGGACAUUGGGAACGUUUAAGUGAAUGUCCACCAACGAAAACAGGUGCUGCUAUGGUUACAAUUCCUUCAUACAGCGCAUGUAGUGGAAUGGGUCUAGGUGCCGCAGAUAUGUCAGCGAAUAUGAAUCUAGGAGCUGAACAACCACUUGCUAUCCUAUGGGGUGGUCGUGAAUCUAAUCCAUCAUCUAUUCUUACUUAUCCAAGUCCACGUGAUGAAGUCGCUGUAUUUAGUUUAGGCCAAAAACAAUGGUCUCUGAAACGUGCAGCUCCAUCGCCAACAGAUGGUAGCUAUCCAAUGCAACGAGAAGGUGCUGCAUUUGUUGCUGGAUGUUUUCAAGGUGCACCGGGUAUGUUCGUUUUUGGUGGACGAGCGACAGUUGAUCGUCGUUUACUCUCUGAUCUUUGGUUCUUACAAGCGUCACCACAAGAGGCAUUGAGUGCACCUAGUACGCGUGGAUGUAUUUAUCCAUUUUCAUAUUAUCAUCUUCAUGGAGUAUUUCAAUUUUUUACUUAUGGUGUUAUUUUUCCCAUUGGUUAUCUGGUUGGUCGACAUGCUACGAAUUCGCCUGUGAAAAGACCUUUACAUAUGAUUUUACAAAUUUUUGGUGUUGCAUUAGCUAUAUGUGGCUUUUCUUUUGGAGUACAUUCUGUUCGUACACCAUCAUGGCUUCAUUUCAGACAUGCUCAUGCUAUCAUUGGUAUUAUAACAUUUAUAUUAACAAUAAUUCAAUUCCUUGUUGGAUUAAUUGGUGUUUGUCUCAUUGCAAGAAGUUCGAAAAAACAUGGAAUUCUUCGUGAAUCAACUUAUAAAAUAAGUCAAGAAGAAAUUAAUCAAGAUACAUGGGUUGGCAAACGUUCAUGGAGUAUUAUUCAUCGCAUAUUAGGAGCAAUCGUAUUAUCACUUGGAUUUGUCAACAUAUCAUUAGGUGUUUUUCUUGCUGUAUUACCAUUACCUGUUUGGAUUGUUUGGUUUGUGUAUAUGAGUCUCCUCGUAAUUAUUCUCGUCAUAAUGGAAAUCUAUAAGCUUCUAAAAGAUUCUGGCACUCAUAAAACAGGUUCAUUUAAAUCUAAAGAGCGUUAUGAUCCCAGAGGUACAUCACAGGCCUCGUUAAAAUAUUCAGAAGACCCAACUGAACGACAACCAUCCACAAUAACACCAACACCACGUCGUAGCUUUAGCCGAGUUCCUCCACCUAAUCCAUCAACACGCGAUAGCUUUGUAUAUAGACCAAUCGAUGGCAGUGUUAGUCAUGUAACUACUCUUGACGACAUGUCACCACUCGGGUCUAGCCAAAUUCAACAACGGCAAAGUCGAUUUGGUGAUGUUAACGCAGCAGCUAGCCUUCUGGAACGUAAUCGACAAGAUGAUAAACAAUAUACAGUAUCACCAAGAAAAAAGAGUAGAUCAGCGGAAAGAGAUGAUGUUGAAUAUUAUGCUGGUCAAACGCAAGACUAUGAACAACCAUUGGCACGGCCGCCAUCACAGCAGCAAAGCGAGCACAAUCUCACUCGAAUUCGGCUCCAAUAG